UCAAUUAUGAGACGGCGAAAUGAAACCCCCAAAGACGAUAACGGCGACGACGACGGCGGAGGACGAACCCACCAUGCGGAAACAGCCGCCUUCGCCUCCACAGCCACCGCCUGACAAUUCUAUGCUCCAUUGGUGGCGGAGAUGGACGGUGUUGGUGGCGGCUAUCUGGAUUCAAGCAUUCACCGGCACUAACUUCGAUUUCUCUGCCUACUCUUCCGACAUGAAGUCGUCCAUGGGGGUUUCUCAGUCGCGGCUUAACUACAUGGCGGUUGCUUCAGAUUUGGGUAAAGCAUUGGGUUGGUCUUCAGGUUUCGCCAUUGCCUAUUUCCCUGUCUCCGGCGUGUUAUUCGCUGCCGCCGGAAUGGGACUCGUCGGUUACGGUGUCCAGUGGUUAGCCAUCGCCGAUGUGAUAGAUCUGCCUUACUCUCUGGUUUUGGUUUGCUGCUCCUUAGCCGGGUUAAGCAUCUGCUGGUUCAACACCGUCUGCUUCAUCCUCUGCAUUCGACAUUUCGAAGCAAACCACUCGCUGGCCUUGUCUCUCGUUGUGAGUUUCAACGGAAUCAGUGCUGCGUUGUACACGCUUGGCCAUGAAGCCAUUAGUGGGAAAUCAUCGGCAAGCUCUGAUAUUUACCUUCUUCUUAACUCUCUCAUCCCUCUGAUAGUCUCUGUUUUAGCCCUUUGGCCGGUCCUUACUAACCCUAAUUCCUCUGAAUCCGAUACUAGCCGUACACAUGACGAAACCCGAGUCUUUGUAGUUUUCAAUGUCUUAGCCUUAGUCACAUGCUUUUACCUUCUCUUGCCUUCCUCAGGCACCUACUUAGCUUCAUCACCUCGUUGGCAUUUCCUUGGAGCCAUUUUCCUUCUCCUUUUCCCAUUGUGCGUCCCGUUUCUCGACUAUAUUCACCGCGCUCUCGAGUCCUGUUUCCACCAUCACAGCUCUGGCUAUGCAGUGGUUAACAUUGAGGAGCCCAAGAUCCUCAAAAGUCAAAAGGUUAAUGCGGAGGAGGAAUGUAAUACAGUGAGACUCGGAGAUGAACAUUCUCUCGGAAUGCUGGUUCGUAGGCUUGAGUUUUGGUUAUACUACGUAGCUUAUUUCUGCGGCGGCACGAUUGGUCUUGUUUAUAGCAACAACUUAGGACAGAUCGCUCAGUCUCUAGGACAAAGCAGCCGGAGCGCUAAAUCUUUAGUCACACUUUUCUCUGCCUUCUCCUUUCUCGGAAGAUUGCUCUCCUCUGCACCUGACUUCACUCGCAAGAAACUAGACUACUUGACAAGAACAGGCUGGUUCACCAUUUCGCUACUUCCAACACCUUUGGCCUUCUUCAUUCUCGCGUAUUCACCCAAGACCAACCAGACAGCGCUAUUAGAAGUUUCUACAGCACUUAUCGGGUUAAGCUCGGGGUUUGUGUUUGCGGCUGCCGUUUCCAUAACUUCAGACCUCUUUGGGCGCAACAGUGUCGGUGUCAACCAGAACAUCCUCAUCACAAACAUUCCCAUCGGAUCGCUCUUUUACGGCUACAUGGCUGGGUCUGUCUAUGACACAAAUGCCAGCCUCGGCAGGAAAUCUGUGGUCUCUGACUCGGUUGUUUGCAUAGGAAAAAGUAAAAAACGCGUCAGGGAAGAGAAGAUGGAUCCGAAUUCCACGCUUUCCGGCGAGGGCCAGGCUUUGGCGGCGAUAGAGCAUCGAUCCUUCGCUCGGAUCGGAUUCUUGGGAAACCCGAGCGAUGUAUACUUCGGGCGUACCAUAUCAUUGACCAUCGGUAACUUCUGGGCCUCCGUGAAGCUGGAGCCGUCCCAGCAUCUCGUAAUCAAGCCUCAUCCAUUCCAUGAUCUCGUCCAGUUCACCUCUCUCGACCAUCUCCUGAAUCGUUUGCAAAAUGAAGGAUACUACGGUGGUGUAAGGUUGCUAAUGGCGAUAUGUAAAGUAUUUCGUAACUAUUGCAAAGAGAAUGACAUUCAACUUCACCAAGGCAACUUCUCUCUUUCUUAUGAUACCAAUAUCCCUAGGCAGACAGGGCUUUCGGGUUCUAGUGCCAUCGUAUCCGCUGCCCUUAACUGCCUUCUAGACUUCUACAAUGUCAGGCAUUUGAUCAAAGUACAAGUCCGCCCUAACAUUGUUCUCAGUGCAGAGAAAGAACUUGGUAUUGUUGCUGGUCUUCAAGACAGGGUUGCUCAGGUCUAUGGUGGUCUUGUUCACAUGGAUUUUAGUAAGGAGCACAUGGAUAAAUUGGGACAUGGGAUUUAUACUCCUAUGGAUAUCAGUCUGCUCCCUCCUUUGCAUCUCAUCUAUGCUGAGAAUCCUAGCGACUCCGGGAAGGUACAUAGUAUGGUUCGGCAAAGAUGGUUAGACGGUGAUGAGUUUAUAAUCUCAUCAAUGAAAGAAGUCGGAAAUCUAGCAGAAGAAGGUCGAACUGCAUUACUCAACAAGGACCAUUCCAAACUUGUGGAACUCAUGAACCUUAAUUUCGACAUUCGGAGGCGGAUGUUUGGGGAUGAAUGCUUAGGAGCAAUGAACAUAGAGAUGGUGGAAGUAGCAAGGAGGGUUGGUGCAGCUUCAAAGUUCACUGGAAGUGGAGGAGCAGUGGUGGUUUUCUGCCCUGAAGGUCCAUCUCAGGUGAAGCUUCUGGAAGAAGAAUGCCGGAAAUCGGGAUUUAUGCUUCAGCCGGUAAAAAUCGCCCCUUCAUGUUUGAAUGAUUCUGACAUUGAGACCUUAUGAAAGCCAUGAUCAAGUCUUCUUCACACGAUUGACCCAUUUUUCAAGAGAAAUAAACAUGUGAGCUUUAA